AUGCCGAACCCCCCGGAUCCUCAACGUAUGCCUGCAGAUAAAGAGGUUAGUUGUGUGGCGUGCAGCAAGUCCGAUUUGCCGGCCAACUUCGUGCAAUGCGACACCUGUGAUUGCUGGUGGCAUUUCGCAUGUGCCGACGUCGAUUCAUCGAUUAGCGAACGGGCAUGGAUAUGCACCAAGUGCGAAGCUGCCCCCAGCGUGUCGGCAAGAAGCAGCAAAUCCAACAAAAGCGGAUCGACUGUCGCUCACGAGCUCGAACGACUGAAGCGACAGCAAGACCUCGAGCGGCAACAGGCGGAUUUGAAGCUGCAGAUGAAAUUUUUAAAGCAGCAACAAAAACUGCUGGAUAAGGCCAGAGCGGCCGAGGAGACCCGGAGUCAGAAGAGCCAAGUAAGUAGUCAGGCACAUAAUCGGCGAGUGCGUCGAUGGGUAGAGGAGUCGUCCCGUGACGGUACGGAAGAAGGCGCGGUGGGCGGAAAUCCAGCACCAGCUGCCUCGCCAAUCGAUCACGGCGUUCAACCACAAGGCUCCAACACCGGUGACCCGAAUCAAACCCAGGGGAGAGCGAAAUCUCGCGAUCGGUCGCAGUCGCGUAACGAAGUGGCUGAAUUGCGAGCACAGUUGGAGCAAUGCAUGAAGCGGAUGGAAGAAGCUUUCCGUCAGCAGCCAGCGAACACGGUACCGCAAGCGCCACCGCUGUGGGUACCCGAACCGGGAAGGAUGACACGUGAUGAACACCGGGAUACAGGUGCUAUUCCUAAAACGUAUCCUAACCCGGAACAAGCAGUCCUCCCACAACCAACCAAAACAACCACCCAUUUCCUCAGUUUGUGCCACCGCAAAGUACAAACCCACUCUCAAACAUUAACGAUCGCCUUCCUUACAUGAAUGGGUCCAACCGUCAAGUUUUCCCCCUACGAAAUCCCCCUAGAAAUCCCCCCGUGAAUGUGCAAUUGGGUCCCACGUCGCAGCAGCUUGUAGCCCGUCAGUCCUUAGCUAGGGAUCUUCCUACGUUCACCGGGGACCCAGCCGAA